AUGGACGGAGGAGAAACGUGGCAAGUGUGCAGAGUGGAUCACCAAGAGAAGCCUAACAAAUACGGAAAGUACUGGUGCUGGUGCUUCUGGUCACUAGAGGUGGAGGUGCUGGAUCUGCCUGGUGCCAAAGAGAUUGCGGUUCGAGCCUGGGAUGAGACCCUCAACACCCAGCCUAAGAAGCUCAUCUGGAACGUCAUGGGAAUGAUGAACAACUGUUGGUUCAGAGUGAAAACAAGCCUGUGCAAGUCGCACAAGGGAGAGAUUGGAAUCGUGUUCAAGCAUCCAACUCUCCCGGAAACCAAGCCGGAGAAUGGAUGGCUUCUGAAAAGCACCUUGUCUAAUAUUCCUCUAUUCCUCUGAUGCCAUGAACGUAUACCUUCUCCAAAAUAUGCAUGUCCGAGGUCAAAAAGCACGACUCAGCUGACUCGCAUGGAUUGUCGUCCGUGUCUACGAUUGCACCCCCUUCCUCAAAGACCACUCUGGCGGCACCCACAGCAUCCUCAAUAUUGCCGUCACUGACUGGACUAAAGAG